AUGGAAAUGACUGAAAAUGUUCAAUUAUUGGAACAUGAGGGACCAAAUAGAGCAGCAAAAAACACUGUCGCAGCACUCCUUCCAUCGGAAAACCAUGUCCUCCGGUCAACGCUCCCUCCCCCCACCCCCGCGUCGACACACGCCGCUACUAGGCGACCAGAUCUUCAGCGCUUCCGCCGCCCCGCUCUCCGCCGGCCUCCCAGUCUCAAGGCGCCGCCAAAUCUCCGCCGCGCCAGCAGCCGGGAGCGCGCCUUGAGAGAGCCGUCCGUCCGCGUCCGCGAAGCCGCCACCGAGCAAAUUGAGGAGCGCCAGAGCGAUUGGGCCUACUCCAAGCCGAUAGUGAUUCUAGACCUAGUCUGGAACCUCGCCUUCAUCGUGGUCGCGAUCUCCGUGAUGAUCAUGAGCAAAACUGAACGGCCGUCCAUGCCGUUGAGGCUGUGGAUUGUCGGUUAUGCCCUCCAGUGCGUUCUUCACGUGGUGUGCGUGUGCACGGAGUGUAGGAAGAGGUAUUCGCAGCGGAAUUCGGAAGGGGGCGAAAGAGUUCAGUUCCGGCACAGCCGGAAUUACUCGAAUUCCAGCUUGGGAAGUGAUGACGUGGAUAAUGGUGAUUACUUCUCCGAUCACCGGCAAAGUGAUGAUGAUGAUGAAAAUAGUGUGACUAAACAUCUGGAGUCUGCAAAUACUAUGUUCUCGUUCAUUUGGUGGAUAAUCGGGUUCUAUUGGGUAUCUGCCGGUGGGCAAAGUUUGCCUACUGAAUCACCUCAGCUUUACUGGCUUUGCAUUACGUUUUUGGCAUUUGAUGUGUUCUUUGUCGUGAUUUGUGUGGCUGUGGCUUGUCUCAUUGGACUUGCUGUUUGCUGCUGUCUACCAUGUAUUAUUGCAAUCUUAUACGCUGUUGCGGAUCAGGAAGGAGCUACUAAGGAAGAUAUCGAGAGCCUACCUAGAUACAAGUUUCAAAAAAUCGGUGAUUUCGAGAAGCAAAACGGCGAAAUCCAAGGUUCAUUUAGAGGAGUAAUGACUGAAUGCGACACCGACUCACCCACAGAGCAUAUUCUUCCUAUAGAAGACGCUGAAUGCUGCAUUUGCCUCUGCGCGUACGAUGAUGGAACAGAGCUGCGUGAGCUCCCCUGCAGCCACCAUUUCCACUCUGCAUGCAUAGACAAGUGGCUGUACAUAAACGCCACCUGUCCUCUCUGCAAGCUCAAUAUACUGAAAAACGGCAACCAAAGUGGCAGCGAAGAAGUAUAAACGAACAAACAACCAUCAAUCAGCCUCGUUAUAUACCCGCUUUUGCAUAUUUUGGACAGUGGACCCCACAGUGAGCUUAAAAAACGGAACGGCUUCCCACUUGUCACUCGUUUGCCAGCCAACCAUUCGUUCUUUCUCGUAUAUUCUGAAUGUGUAUGUUGUUAUAUAGUUAAUGUGAUUUUUUUCGUUUAUUUGCCACGUGUAGGUAAUUGUCGAGAGAUGUGAAACUACUAUAUACGUGAACCGUUUUCGAUUCCUUUAAAGUGUUACGUGGUGCAUAGAUAACUAUAGAGCUCGUAUAUAUAUGGUGGAACAAUGAUGUAUGCAUUUGUGUUCAUGACAUUUUUUGGGACUUUGGAUAUACUUUUGUAAAUCAUUAUGGUGUUUUUUA